GUGAGGUGCCGUGCGGGGGCGGGCCGGGACAGCGCCUCGCAUCCAUCCUGGUACAGCUCGCCGGCAGGAUUGACCCUUUUCAUAAGACUUCUGAUCUGAAUCACAGGACCCAGCAGUAUUGCUGCUUAACGUCUGCUAGUCUCUAUACAGCGGCACAAUGCUCUGCAUAGUGUUGGUGCUCAGUUUUUGCGUUGCGGUGGCCCCCUCUACGACGGUGGUGGAUAAGAAACUGUAUGCGUCUCCAUCGACGACAGCGCCAAAGACGCCGUCGCCGCAAGCAACCCCGACAACAUCGACAAGGCUGACAACGUACACCGUGCCAACGACCAGGCAGUCGACGACGACCACCACCACUGCUGACGACGUGCGGCCACUGUCAGAGUGCACUGUCCCCACUUUCUCCAUGUCGCUGCGCAGUGCGAGGAACUCGUCUGGUGUGUGGACGGACGAGGUGGAGUCGGCGGACGCGGUGGAGCAGGGCUCGGAGCGGCAGCCCGGCGGCUACCGGCUGGACGUGGAGCACGCGGCCAGCUACUCGUGCGGCGGCGGCGAGAGCGUCGCGCUCACCCUCACACUCACAGCUCCUGUGUUGCCGCUUCCAAGUAUUGGAAAACUAUAAGAAGAGGUUGAAGGUAA